CAUUUGGUAUUUUUAAACCUGGGUCCUUGCUCUGCAAAUUGUACUACCCUGGAGUUUGCAUCUAUGGAAGUUCCAGGUGUCAAGACAACAAAUAAGGCAGGCUGUUCAGAAUAUGUGUUAAAUAUUACUUGGCUUGAGUGUUUUGUUAGGAAAGAAAACAGAAAAACCAUGUGGGAGUUAUCACGCCAAUGUUUACCCUUAACACUACGUCUGGGUUACUAAAUUCAGCUCUGAAGACAAGGAAAGUUACAGCUGUUCAAUAUCAACCAUAAAUUGUUUCCAUCAUCUGUGUCUUUUACAUCAAAUUAAAUCAAAAUGUUUUAUUUUGUCCUCAUCAAAUCACAGAUAAUUCUUAUGUUUGAUAAUUUCACAGCCAACUUUGUAUCAGAAUUAAGAGCUAGUUACUAAUGGAACAGCUGCAAACAAAAAUUAAAGAUACUCAUUGACGUAGGUAGGCUUUGUCCCAUUUCCCUUGUCAUAUUUCUGUUGGUUACAAGAGUUAAUAUCUAAAACAAAAAUGCAGAAAUGACAUUAGUGUCAUAAAUGUUUUGCUUACACUUUAUAUCCUCUGUGGUUUUGUGGACAAGGAUUUGUGCUGUCACUAAGUUUGUCAUUUGGUGGGGAUCUAUGGCACGCACCAUGAUCCAUUCGUUUAAAAUGUUGAAUAUGUCAAUGUAGGAAGGAUGCCCUGCCUCAUUGAAAGUGACAAUAAUUCUUUGAAUGACUUCUAUUGGAUACUGUUUGAAAGAUUGCAAGGAAAUGAACAACAAACUUUGUCUUCAAAUUCUGUAUGUUGGAUAUACCUGCAUAGCUUUGACAAAUUGAUCAGUGUAUCAGUUAGGCAGCAAAAUAUUUUGCUUUAAAGUUCAAUCUUAAAAUGGUGUUCUCCUGGAUCUUUAAUUUAAGAGCUAUUUGAAACUGACAUUGGUUGAAGUCUUGUGAGAGCAUUCCAAGAUGUCCACCAUGGUGGUGAUAUUGAUGUUAUUGGCUGUGACUGUCUUGACUGCCAUGAUGGGAACCAGUGAGGCAGGAGUGAUGUGUAUGGAUGCCAUGUAACAUGGCCAGUGAAAGAAGUUUUGAGAAGGUUGGAGGAGAAUAUGUUUUCUCUCGUGACAUGUUCCAGCAAAAUGCCAUUUGCAGGAACUCCUGUUUAGACCAUAAACAAGUAAAUCAACAAAGGAUUUGUGCUUCCCUGGGAUUGUUGGAAAUCCAUCUGGCUUUUCAAGUUUCACGUGUGAUGCAUGUACAACAUUUUCUUAUAAAUACGUGGAGAAAGUAAAACACAGACAGAUUGUCCUGUGCCGCAGUAUCUACAGCCAACUUGGUAAAGUUGGAAGAUUGUGAAGACGUGAUCUUGGUUGCUGCCUUGUGAGAGUUUCACGAUGCCAAGCAGUGUGAUAAUGUUCACAUUUUUGGCCUUGACUGUCUUAACCGCCGUGAUGGUGGGAACCAGUGAGGCUGUAUCCUGUAUGGAUAACAAAAAUAAACCAGUCGAUUGGUUUAUCGUGUACAAACUUCCUCAAGACUCAGCCAGCUCAAAACCUGUGAUUAGGGAGGGGUACGGUCAGAUGUACAUGGACGUCAACAAUCAAGCGCUGAAAUUUUCCAGUACCUCACUCAAAGACGAUGACCAUGCCAUUGCCUACACAGUGGAUGACAUUUAUAAGAACCACGGAAAAGGGAAUUUGGCACAUGUGAUGUACAAUGAUCAACCACCUGCAGGGGAAGAGAUCCAGUCAGGUCUUGUUGGGCAUACUAAAGGUGUCCUUGCCUUUGAUGGUACCAGUGGAUUCUGGCUGGUACACAGCGUACCUAAAUUUCCUCUACCCGCAUCUAGAAGCUACGAUUGGCCAGACAAUGCCAAACGUAAUGGCCAGACAUUGCUGUGCAUUACCUUCAAAUACGACCAGUUUGAAAAAAUAGGUCAGCAGUUGAAGUACAACUAUCCUGGAGUCUAUGACAGUGACUUCCCCUCUAGGUUGGUUGGCCAAACCCCCAGCAUCGUGGAUUUGGUGAACAACAUCCAUGUAACAUCCCCUCCAUGGAAUCGUCAAUUGAAUCUGCAGUCCAGAAGUGGGCAGUCAUUUGACAGCUUUAACAAAGCUAGCAAAUGGGGGGCAGAUCUGUAUAAAGAUUGGCUUGCUACUCAUUUCAAGAGUGGCCUGUACUGUGAGACAUGGCAGAAUGGGGAACGCAAUCUCAAUUCUUCUUGUGAAGGAGGCCUUAAUGUCUACAAUGUCAUGAAAGUGAGUCUGAGUGGUGGAAGUGAUUUCAAGGGCACCAAAGAUCACUCCAAGUGGGCAGUGACUACCAAGCCUGGCCAGAAGUGGACUUGCAUUGGAGGUAUCAAUCGUCAGACCUCUCAAAUGUAUCGUGGUGGCGGUGCAGUCUGUUUGGAGAAUGCAAACGUCCACAAGGCCUUUUAUGAUUCUGUGGCUGAGUACGAGCCAUGUACCUAAAUCUCUGAGAUAAGACAAACACCCCCAAUUUGGUGUUGGUUCACUUUGAAGGGACAGAAUUUAAGAUUGAUUAUUUAUAUUGAAAUUUGCAGAUGAUUUUAAUGAUCAAACUUUUCUGUUAAAUUAUUACUUGCCAUGUAAUCCUCAUUUAAAGGAAAAUGUCUCCGCAGUCUUAAUCCGUAGGAUUUAUUAUUAUAAUUAGAAUUUAGAGCAUGGUAGUGACACUAGUGUGGUAGUGAGCAUGGUAGUAAGAAUUUACCUAAAGAUUUUGGACCUAAGGAUUUUGAUUUUUUUACAGCUAUGCAGCUGCAACUUAUGUGUGUGCCCCAGAUGCCGCACACAUUAGCCCGAGUUACACCACAGUUUCAUUUGUGUUGAAUCAGUUUGCCUCGCACUGUUACUCAGCCAACUGAACUGGUUCUGUUGUGAUUCCAAUUUCACAAAUGAUGAAGCCUACAUUUGUAUUUGAACAUGUAAAAUGCUCAUUUCAAUAUAUUAAUUGCCAGGACAUUUGUUCUUUCAUUUCCAAUUUCAGAAAAUUCUUGUAAUAGUAUUAACUGUUAGUGUUGAGUUGUGUAUUAUGUUGUAGCGAGUGUGAUGAAUAUUCAUUGUUAUAAUAUCAAGCACUUAUAAGGCGCACAGUAUCUUACAGUACCUGGAAUUCAAAGGAGCCAAUAUAUCAUCAUUAUCCCUGCACAUUGGGCUCACAACAUUUGAUUUUUCUUAAGAUCAUCUCAUCGGCUCCCUGGGAGUACAUCAGCCCACUGAUGCUAUUUAUCGGUUGAAAUACAAAACAGCUAUAUGUGCCCUCAAAGGUACCCAUUUACCGCUGGGUGCAGACUGGCACAUUGGGAUGUUUUGCCCAAGAUCACUGCCACUAAAUGGAUUCGAACCCCCAACCUUGCCUUUUUAUCCUGUACUUUGGAGGAUUAGGUGUGAUGUUCUAAUAUGGACAAUAAAAAGUGAGCAAGGUGUGCUUUUUCUGGUCUGGACAGAGUUACUUGUAUCCAUUUUCAGGUGGUAAAGCAUUCAGCUGAACUUACAAAAUUGCAAAGUGUAUUGAUGAGAAAAACAUCCAACAGACAUGAACUCCCAGCCAUUCGAAGCAAGUUUGACAUGUUUCCUUCUAAUAAACAUCUUGACAAUUAUUAACAAACUCCUCAACUAUCCUUGAACCAACUGAAAACUUGGGUGAAGUAUAGGUGUACCCCUGAAAUAAAUUCCCAUAGGCACCAAUGAUAAAUCCUUAUAUUUCAAAAUUAUGUUCAAAAUAAUCCACAACUCCCACGGGUGUCCAGGCUGAACAGAAAAAUGUUUGACAUGUCCUCUUUUAUUUUCCGUUCAAUUUCUAGUGGGUUGAUUGAUGAAUUUUUGAGAAAUUCUCACCAAAUGCAAACCACACCUAAAAUGAAGGAAAUUUCACUGCCCCAAAAAGCAGUCAUUUUGAAAAUGCAUUCUUCUGCAAAAGGCUAUAUUGUGCCACUUUCGGACCUGUUUGCAUCUCACUUGCUAAGAAUUGGAAGCCCUCAGUCUAGGCCAGAGGUUCAUUGCCAUAUUUCUUCAAUUUCUCAAUUCCACAGCUCUCAAGACUCUCAAAGUGCUUCCAAGCAUCCCAUCACCAUGGUAACAAACCCUCAGUAGACGUGUGGCAUCUUCAAGAAGCGUUACUCUGAUCCUUGUCUUCUACCUUGCCUUUAUUUUGUCUUUUUCUUGUCUUCAGAACCUUGCACCUCAUCAAACAGAGCAGACCCUUGCAGUCCUGGGAGUACAGUUGAUGGAAUGUGAAUAUCUCUUGUCCAUGGAAAUCUUGAAAAAGCAUAGCCAUGAUUUGGUUUGUUCACAUCAAAGCGGACUGUUUGUAGCAUACAGACCUGGGCAAUCGCUCAGCCAAUUUUACUACCCUGGACUUUGAACGUCUGGAAGUUUCAGGAGUGAAGACAACAAGGGCUCUCUGUUUGAGAGAAAUAUUUAGCCAGACGGCGUUACCCUCAGUCACCACCCAAGCCUACUAGUAUGGGAGGACUUUGGUUCAGUGUCAAGGGAUCAAGUGCUCCCAGCCAAACACCAAGCCUACACCAUCCAGGGAGACCGAGACUGUCAGGGCAGGGACUUCAUAUGGAGGGCCAUGAGAAUAUCUGAACCGGGGUUUCACUGGAGGCUGCCACCUUUCCUGACUUGGUGUAGACACUGGCAGAGACUGAUGUGCUUUUGCUGCAGAAGAUUGCCACAAGUACCCUGUUUGCGCUUGCAUAGAACAUGGACGGAUAUUGACAGUUCUCACAAUGUUUUGAACUGGGCCCGUCCACAAAUUUUCUAUUUUCAGCACCUUUAAAUUUAUCUUUAAAAUAUGCCGACAUUGUAAUAACGGUCCACGUACGUUGAAAUUGAUUGUUUUGCACCUGUUAAUUUUACCCCUCUUGAUUUUGAUUUGUUUUCUUCCCUGCAAUAAAGCAGAGUGAAGAAUGAUGCACAUGAACUUUGACCGAAGUUGUCACGUGUUAUUCCAAAACACAGAUAAGUCUGAUGUUUGGUAAUUUCACAACUAACUUUGUGACCUAAAAGCUAGUUGCUGAUGGAACAGCCCCCCCAAGGAAAAAAAAAGGGACCCAUUGACAAGGUAGGCGUUGACUUGUUUCCCGUGACACACUUGUGUUGGUUUCAUAUCUAGUAGAUAUGCAGAAGGGACAUUGGUGUCAUAACCGUUUUGCAUACAUUUUGUCCUCUGUGGUCCUGUGGACAGGGAUUUGUUUUGUCACCAAGUUUGUCAUUUGGGGAUAUAUGGCACGCAUCAUGGUCCAUUCAUUUGACAUUUUAAAUGUGUCAAUGUAGGAAGUCCUACCUCAUUGAAAGUGACAAUAAUUCUUUGAAUGACUUCUAUUGGAUACUGUUUGAAAGAUUGCAAGGAAAUGAACAACAAACUUUGUCUUCAAAUUCUGUAUUUUGGAUAUGUAGCUUUUUCAAGUUGAUCAGUGUAUUGGUUACAGAGUCAAAAUAUCUGCUUUAAAGUUCAGUCAGAUAUUUGCAACUGACAUUAGUUGAAGUCUUGAGAGAGCAUUCCAUGAUGUCCACCAUUGUGAUGAUAUUGAUGUGAUUGGCUGUGACUGUCUUGACUACCAUGGUGGGAACCAGUGAGGCAGGAGUGAUAUGUAUGGAUGCAAUGUUACAUACCCAGUGAAAGAUGUGUGUACUUUUGUUUCUGCUCAAAUUUUGUAAAACAAGUUUUAGUAUCCAGAAUUUUUUUCUUACACUGAAAACCCUUAUUGUCAAACACCCUUCUUCCUUGAUAACAUGUCACACUUAGCUUUAUCUUGGAUAUCGCAUGAUGCUUUUCCUGUUUAUAUCCUCAAUAAGCUCACAGCAUAAUUCACAUCUUCUCCAAAUCCUUUUAAAAAUCCAUCCCAUGCUUGAAGUUUUGUAAAAGCAAGAAAAGUUCGGUACAAUUGAUGUUAUAUUGUACCUUUCUUGUCCCUUUCAUUAAGCAUUUGUUUAUGUUUUCAUUUUCAAUAUGCCAUGAUUAA